GCGUCAUGGAGAGGGAAGGCGACUAAUGGCGGGAACGCCGGCGAGCCCCUGCCGUGCGCGGGGGUGGCAAAUACCGACCACCCCUCGGGUCCGUCAGAUCGGAUUUGUGCGAUCCAGAUUGAGUGAGUGGCACAUUAGUAAUUCGGAGGAAAGCCCAGGCCCAAACGAAACAUGGCAUGCUCCAGUCUGUCUGCCGUCCCCACCCCAGUCGCCGGCCGCCGUCAAAAGCGCAUCUCCUCCUCCUCCUCCUCCUCUCUCCUCUCUCCUCUCGCCUCCUUCCUCAUCCAUCGCAGCAGCAGCAGCAGCAGCAUCUCAAUUCCCGAUGGGAGUGGGAGGAGCAGCGGCGCACCGCUAGUAACCAUGGAAUCUUCCCGUUACCCCCCUCCCCUCCCCAUCUACUCCCACUACGCCCUUCCCCUCCUGGCCUCCCUCGUCGGCGCCAACCACACCUCCGCCCGCUUCUGCUCCCGUUAGCCCCUCCUCCCACUCCGAUUCCUUCGCUUUGCCUUGCUCAACCUUCCCCGCCGUCAGAUUCGCCUCGCAUCCGGGGGAACAAUGAGGUGGUCCGCCCGCGCCCUCCUCCUCCUCGCUGUCGCUGCUCUCGCGCUCCGCCUCCUCUACGGGGCCUUCCUCUCGGUCUCCGCAGGCGCCGGCUGGCCGCUCUACCCCGCCGUCGUCGCCACCAGGAGGACCUACGUCCAGGCCCAAGUCACAUCCCCGGAGAUCUGGCGCAGCCGCGAGUGGCGCAAGGCCGUCGACUACCACGCCGCCGUGCUCGCCGGCCACCUCGCUGAUGGCAUCCUCGCGCCGUCGUCCCGCGCCGUGUGCCUCGGCGGCGCGCAGGAGGCGCUCGCGCUGCGGGAGCUGGGGGUGGCCGGCGCCAUCGCUGUCGCGAAGAAGCGUUCGCCCCCGCUUGUCGUCGCCGGCGACGAACGCCACCUGCCGUUCCAGGCCUCCUCCGUCGACUUUGUCUUCGCCGGCCGCGCUCUUGACUCUGCCAAGCGCCCCUCAGACCUCGCCGGCGAGGCCGCGCGGAUUUUGAAGCCAGAGGGCCAUCUCGUCGUCCUCACGUCCAGCGCCGACGACGCCUACAGCCUCCGCUCACUCCAAUCACUACUCCCGUCCUUCCGGCUAGUCCGGUCUCGCGAGAUCAAUGGCCCGGAGGCUUCCACCCUCCGGGAACUAGUCUUCCAGAAGCUUCAUGAUGAUACUCCGGCAGGUUCCUCCUCCACUGGAACUGGCAAUUCAGUGAACAACUGCACAAUUGGGGAUCACAAGCUUCAACUUCUCGUGCACGCCGAGCCACUGAUCAAGGAUGAGCCACUCAAGCCAUGGAUCACGCUGAAGAGAAACAUCAAGAACAUCAAGUACCUCCCGGCAUUCGCUGAUAUCAGCUUCAAGCGCCAGUAUGUGUAUGUUGAUGUUGGCGCCCGUAGCUACGGCUCCAGUAUUGGUGGCUGGUUCCGGAAGCAGUACCCUAAGCAGAACCAUACCUUCCAGGUGUUUGCCAUUGAGGCUGAUCCGGUGUUCCACAAUGAGUAUGCGGCGAAGAAGGGUGUCACAUUGCUUCCAUACGCAGCCUGGGUCAAGAACGAGACUCUCAAAUUCGAGAUCAACAGUGACCCUGGGAAGGAGGAUGAGGCUAAGGCUAAUGGCCGUGGCAUGGGGCGCAUCCGUCCCACGGUGGGGAAGAAGAUGUCUGGUGAGGUCAGGAGUGUCCCGGCCUUUGAUUUUGCUGAGUGGUUGAAGCAAACAGUGUCGGAACAGGACUAUGUGGUGAUGAAGAUGGAUGUGGAGGGGACAGAAUUUGAUUUGAUCCCAAGGCUGUUUGAUACAGGCGCAAUCUGCUUGGUCGACGAGCUGUUCCUCGAGUGCCAUUACAAUCGGUGGCAGAAGUGCUGCCCUGGUGAGCGGUCACCCAAGUACCAGAAUACGUAUGAGGAGUGCUUGGAGCUUUUCAGUUCAUUGCGGGAGAGUGGUGUUCUUGUGCAUCAAUGGUGGUAAAGAUUGGCAAUCUGGUAUAGGCUGUCUGAAUUGUUGCAGAUAGAGUUCAACUACAGAUGACAAAAGGUUUUGGCUACAUAUUUUAUUUUCAUGUUUUAUUCGUUUUUCCUGUAAGCGUAACGAUCCAAAAAUUGAAUUGUUUUAUGUUGUUAGAAGAAUCUGUAGUUAGGAGGAUAAAAGGAGUCAAGGAAAGGAAAAGAAUGUAAUGACAGGUAGUUGCAUUCGCAACGAAACUUAUUGUGGCUUGCAAUUGUUAUUAUUGAGCAACUGAUUCAUUUCA